GAGAUACUUAAUUAUAUUUGAACUAAUCCACUAUAUUAAACCUACGUUUAACCUGUUAAACAUAAAACAUAGCUGUUGCAUCAGACUACUGCACACUAUCAGUCAACAUAUCAGCAAUGAAUCACAACUAAGGAAUGAGACACACCCCGUGUACAGGUGAAGCAACAACACUUAGCAGAGGAGGUGUGACAGAGCUCCACCCUUCAGCUGACUCACCCAACGCAAGCCAGGAAUCAGUUUGUCCUUCGUCACUACAGAGAGACACACAGACGGAAAAACAGACGCUCAGAUUCACCUUCAGACCAAUUAACAACUUCCUCUGAGUGAAUUCAGCUACAGGAGAAAAAGUGGAAAACUACAACACUGCUGAAGCUUCACUCAGAGACUAAAUGGCUUCCAGAUCAGAGGAGGAUCUCUGCUGUCCGGUCUGUCGUGACAUGUUUAGAAAUCCUGUUCUUCUGUCAUGUAGCCACAGCUUCUGUAAAGACUGUCUGCAGAGCUGGUGGACAGGGAAAUCAACACAGGAGUGUCCAGUUUGUAAGAAAAGAUCUUCAAGGGAAGAACCACCUUGUAACCUGGUGUUGAAGAACCUGUGUGAGGCCUUCUUACUGGAGAGAGAUCAGAGAGCUUCAGAGGGUCUCUGCAGUCUGCACUCUGAGAAACUCAAACUCUUCUGUCUGGACCAUCAGCAGCCAGUGUGUCUCAUCUGCAGAGAUUCAGAAACACACUCCAACCACAGAAUCAGACCUAUCGAUGAAGCUGCACGACAACACAAGAAGGAGCUUCAGGAAACUCUGGAGCCCUUAAAAGAGAAGUUAAAAGUUUUUGAACAAGUUAAAGUGAAGUUUGAUCAAACAGCAGAACACAUAAAGCUCCAGGCCCGAUGCACAGAGAUGCAGAUUAAGGAACAGUUUAAGAAGCUUCACCAGUUUCUAGAAGAGGAAGAGGAGGCCAGGUUGGCUGCACUGAGGGAGGAAGAGGAGCAGAAGAGUCAGAGGAUGAAGGAGAAGAUGGAGGCUCUGAGCAGAGAGAUAGCAGCUCUUUCAGACACAGUCAGAGCCACAGAGGAGGAGCUGAGAGCUGAAGACGUCUCAUUCCUGAUCAACUACAAGGCUGCAGUGGAAAGAGUCCAGCAGCACCCCCUGCUGGAUGAUCCACACCUGCUCUCAGGAGCUCUGAUAGACCAGGCCAAACACCUGGGCAACCUGAGCUUCAACAUCUGGAACAAGAUGAAGGACAUGGUCUCCUACACUCCUGUGAUUCUGGACCCAAACACUGCUAAACCCAACCUUAUCCUGUCAGAAGAUCUGACUAGUGUGAGACGAGUAAAGAGACAGCAGCUUCCUGAUAAUCCAGAGAGGUUUGAUAGAUACCGCUCUGUCCUGGGCUCUGAGGGCUUUAACUCAGGGACUCACAGCUGGGAUGUCGAGGUUGGAGACAGUACAUUCUGGUCACUGGGUGUGUUAGCAGAGUCUGUCCAGAGGAAGGGAGAAAUAGAGUCUGGAUUAUGGAGAAUAAGGUUGUUUCAAGGUAAAUACUCAGCAUGGUCAGCACCAGCUCCAGAAACCGAUCUCGUAGUGCAGAAGCAGCUCCAGAGGAUCAGAGUGACUCUGGACUGGAACAGAGGAAAGCUGUCGUUCUCUGAUGUUGAUAGUGACACACACAUACACACCUUCACACACACUUUCACUGAGAGGAUGUUUCCAUUCAUUAGCACUUGGACUAAACUGAAGAUAUUGCCAGUGAAGGUGUGUGUGUGACAGUGGAGCAGAGCAGUUAGAGAUAAAGAGGAUGAUUAUAUUAAUGUUGUUUAUUUCUUGAAGGGCCUCUUAAUCUGAACCUGUCAUCCUAAUGUCUCAUUAAUACAAAAAUAUGCUUAGUUUUUGUUUCAGUUAUUGUUUGAUGUUUAGUUUGACGAUCUGCAUGAACAUUAUCUGCAUCAAAUAUGUUAAACUGCUUCAUGUGCUGCAGUCAAAAGCAAGUUCAGUUUUUUUCAUGUGUAAAAUGAUUUUGUUAAGUUUCUAUGGUUUUGUUUCGUUUAGCCCUUUUCUUUUUUAUCGGUACUCUUUCAUUUUAAAUUGUUGUUCAUGUUUUAUUAUUUUGACCUGUGUGUGUGGAGCCAUGAAGACAGAAAACACUUUGUAGAAGCUGAUUUGAUCCCAAAAAAAGAACAAUGAAGCACUGUAUCAAUAACUGCAUGUUUGAGCAGCCAACCAUUGUUCAGAUCCAACAAACUUUAUUUUAAUUCUAGUCCAGAUUAUAGAUACAUUAAAUGAAUGUUUUAUUACUUUAAAUGUAUACAUGAACAAGUUUGUAUUUUAUGUAAUAAAGAAAAAAACGACCCUGU